AUGGCCUCCUAUUCAUUUGACAGUGGAGCAAACAAUAAUGAGAAUGUUACUGAAUUUUCUUUUAGCAUUGCUUGGUGUUCUUACUAUUUGGUUUUGAUACAAGCUCAGGAUCAAUCAGGAUUCAUCAGCAUAGAUUGUGGCCUACCUGAAAAUUCAAACUACACUGAGAAGAUCACAGGCAUAAACUACAUAUCAGAUGCAGAAUUCAUAGAUACAGGUGUAAGUAAGAGUAUAUCACCUGCAGAGAUGAUUACUCAUCAACAACAACUACAUUUUGUACGGAGCUUUCCAAGUGGAGUUAGAAACUGUUACAGAAUAAAUGUAAACAUGGGUGUUCAAUAUUUAAUCAGAGCUACUUUCCUUUAUGGAAACUAUGAUAAUAUAAAUGAACCACCACAAUUUGAUCUUCAUUUUGGACCUAAUGUGUGGGAUACGGUGUUGUUAUCCAAUGCAUCACGCCCCACAAUCAAGGAGAUCAUUUACAUUCCAUCAAAAGAUUACAUACAACCAUGUCUUGUUAAAACAGGCAAAGGGACUCCAUUCAUUUCAACUAUAGAAUUGAGGACUUUGGGCAAUGAUUCUUAUAUCGGAGACUCAAAAAAACCAGUAAUAUUAUCACACUUCAUGAGAUAUGAUUUAGGUUCCAUCACAAACUUAGAAUACAGGUACAAAGAUGAUGUUUAUGACCGCAUCUGGUCGCCUUAUGAAUCAAGUGAUUGGAGACGAUUAAGCACCUCACUUAACAAUAAUGCUCUAGCUCAAAAUAGUUAUAAACCACCAGCAAUUGUGAUGACCACAGCGGCUACACCAGUAAAUGCUAGCGCCCCUUUACAAUUUCAUUGGUAUGCAGAUAGUGUAAAUGAUCAAUACUACCUCUACUUGUACUUUAACGAGGUUGAGAAGCUGGCUGGAAAUAAAACUAGAGCGUUCAAUAUCACACUGAAUGACGAGUUUUGGUAUGAACCUGUGGUGCCAGCUGUCAUAUAUACUACAACACAUAUGACUGGAGCCAAAAGGUAUCAAUUUUCCCUUAUUAAGACAGAGAAUUCAACCCUUCCACCCAUCCUCAAUGCCUAUGAGGUUUAUAAAGUAAAACAAUUCUUACAACCAGAAACUCAACAAGAUGAUGUUGAUACUAUCACAAACAUCAAGAAGACUUAUGGGGUGGCUAAAAAUUGGCAAGGAGAUCCAUGUGGCCCUGUGAAGUAUAUAUGGGAAGGCCUAAACUGCAGCGUUGAUGGAUAUAACCCCCAAGAAUCACAUCUUUAUGAUAAUCCUGAUCUUUGUAUGACGGCACCAUGCAGAAAGAAAAAUUUAACUGUACCACUUAUUGCAUCAUUUUCUGCAUUAAUUGUUAUCCUAUUGAUUUCUCUUGGAUUUUGGAUAUUCAGAAGACAGAAAGUUACGUCUUCAAAUUCUAAAAAAAGGGGUUCAAUGAUAUCAAAGCAUGAAAGAUUCAGUUAUACUGAAAUUCUCAAUAUUACUGAUAACUUCAAAACCAUUCUUGGAGAAGGAGGUUUUGGAAAAGUUUACUUCGGCAUUCUACAAGAUCAAACUCAAGUAGCUGUUAAGAGGCUUUCGCUAUCAUCAAUGCAAGGUUAUAAGGAAUUUCAAUCAGAGGUUAGCCAUUCAUUGGUUUAUGAAUACAUGGCCAAUGGAAAUCUCCAACAACACUUACAAGGUAAUUCGGAAACUUCAAAUAUCUUAAAAUGGAAUGAGAGACUUAACAUUGCAGUUGAUGCAGCAAACGGAUUGGAUUAUCUGCAUAAUGGAUGCCAACCACCUAUUAUGCAUAGAGAUUUGAAGCCGUCCAACAUAUUACUAGAUGAUAACAUGCAUGCCAAGAUUGCUGAUUUUGGUCUAAGUAGAGCUUUUGAUAACGAUAUUGAUUCUCAAAUACUCACGCGCCCUGCUGGUACACUUGGUUAUGCUGAUCCUGAAUAUCAGCGAACGGGAAACACAAAUAAAAAAAAUGAUAUCUACAGCUUUGGGAUAAUUCUAUUUGUGUUGAUAACCGGGCGUCAAGCAAUAGUAAGAGCAGCUGGAGAAAAUAUUCACAUACUUGAAUGGGUUAUUCCCAUAGUUGAAGGAGGAGAUAUUCAGAAAGUUGUUGAUCCAAAGUUGGAGGGUAAAUUUAGCAUCAAUUCAUCAAGAAAAUUUCUAGAGAUUGCCAAAUCAUGCAUUUCACCAACUUUAGCCGAAAGGCCGGACAUAAGCCAAAUAUUGGCAGAACUGAAGGAGUGUUUAUCUUUGGAGAUGGUUCAGAGACACGAAGAAAGCGAAAACGAUGUAAUUGAAAUGUCUUCUUCAUCAUUUCAAUCAGUAACCGCCCCCUUUCCUAGGUAACUACCAUAUGUCAUUUCUUCCACCUAUUCACUGUCCCUCGUUUGUACAAAAUAUAUAAUAAUAAUUUGUACUUUUGAAGUUUCAUGGAACAAAUUAAGGAUUAUAAUCUCAUCAUAUAUA